UAGUUUACAAUCUCGAGUCAAAAGUGGAAGCAAACUGUAAGGCUCUAUUUUGAGAGAGAGAGAGAGAGAGAGAGAGAGAGAGGGGUAGGUAUUGCAUGGACAGAUAGAGAGAACUGAGAAGACAACACAGUCCACCACCAUCAUUAAUCUCACUCCUAUGAUAGUAUAUAGCACCACCGCCAACCCACAUCACCAACACCACUAACCUACUUAACGUGUUUCAUUUUUCCAGCUUUGCCUUAUCUAAUUAACCAGGAAGCUACUAGAAACCAUCCUACUUUACUGAAAGUGAAGCUUCACAAAGCCUAUAUAAAGGUGCCCCUACCCGGACGAUUUUCUUCGCAACCAGUGGUUCUGUCAAGCACUACUGCUACCUAUACAUUGACGUACAUAACAUUGAGAGAGAGAGAGAGAGAGAGAGAGAGAGAGUAUUCACAUUCCAUUUGACAUUGUUUAAAUAUGGUUAGUUAUUCUAAAGUGAUUGGUAUUGCAUUCUUGGGUUUGCUCUUUGUAGACCUCUGCGUUGCAGCUAGGUCAUCCAAGGCUAUCUUUGGUAGUAAGAAAGGUGGGGGAGGAGGGGGUGGAGGUGGUGGUGGUGGUGGUGGUUCGACACUCAAGUCAGGUUCUGGUGGUGGAUCCGGUUACGGAUCUGGGAGUGGUUCUGGGUAUGGUGGUUCCAAGGGCGAAGGUGGUGGAGGUGGAGGUGGCGGUGGAGGUGGGGGUGGGGGUGGAGGCAAAGGUGGUUCCGGCUCUGGGUAUGGGUCUGGGAGUGGAUCCGGCUACGGGUCUGGUAGUGGAACAGGAGGUGGUGGUGGCGGUGGACAAGGUGGAGGCGGCGGCGGCGGUGGAGGUUUAGGGUACGGCUCCGAAAGCGGGUCUGGCUAUGGAAGUGGCAGCGGGUCUGGAUAUGGAAGUGGUAGCGGCGGCGGUGGAGGCGGAGGAGGAGGUGGCGGGGGUGGCGGCAGAGGUGGGUCUGGAUAUGGGUCAGGUAGUGGCUCUGGUUAUGGUUCAGGGUAUGGGCCUGGGUAUGGCAGCGAUCAGGACGCCAAUGAGCCGUGAACUUGCUGCCCGUCUUCUCUAAUAAUGGUACUACCAUUCAAUCAUUUGCCUGUCUAAGUCGGAAAUAAAAUUGCAGCGGAGCUUCACCAUAUUUAUAGGAGAAAAGUGGUUUGAGGACGUUGCAUAUCUGCAUGUAUACUCGCUUCCCCAGUACAGUACAUUAGUACCUACUAUGACUUAAUAAAUCCAUAAAGAGAACUUUAUUUUUAAGGAAA